UUUUGCGCGUCGUUGAUUUGCGCUGCUUCGCUCUAUAGUCUAUGGUUGGUUGUACUAUGGCUGCAGUAGCCACAACGGUAGUUGCGCGGUAUUGCGUGAUACUAUCAAAUUUUUAAAAACUAUGGCUAAAGGUGAUAAAGAACUGGAAAAACCCAUUGUUAAUAAUGAAUUACCAACCCCGGAGUGUCGUAGUGCAGAUCAGGAAGACUCGGAAUCGACACAAGAACAGCCCCUUGACAUAGGAGAGCAUUAUUUAGUGCGGCGUUCAGAUGAGUCAUGGCACCCGGCGGAGAUAAUCCAAACGCGGUACAACGCCGCGGACUCCGGCUUCGAAUACUAUGUGCACUAUGUGGGCUACGACCGAAGGCUCGACGAGUGGGUUUCCCGCCAUCGCGUCAUGUCCGAUAGGUUUGACAUGUGCGAGCAGUCGAAUAACAAUUUGAAUUCCGACCACCUGCUCACCGACAAGUCCGGCCGGAAGAUAACGCGGAAUCAGAAACGUAAACAUGACGAGAUCAACCACGUCCAGAAGUCUUAUGCAGAAAUGGACCCCACGACCGCUGCACUCGAGAAGGAGCAUGAAGCCAUCACGAAAGUCAAAUACAUCGAUAAAAUUCAAAUAGGAAAAUACGAGAUUGAUACUUGGUAUUUUAGUCCUUAUCCUGAUGAAUAUGGCAAACAGUCUAAACUAUGGAUAUGUGAAUACUGCUUAAAAUAUAUGAGAAUGGAGAAAACAUACAGGUACCAUCUAAGUGAGUGUACAGCAAGACAACCACAGGGCAGUGAAAUAUACAGAAAAGGCACCAUUGCAAUAUUUGAAGCAGAUGGGAAAGAGCAUAAGAUUUAUUGCCAAAAUCUAUGUUUACUAGCAAAGUUAUUUUUAGACCAUAAAACAUUGUAUUUUGAUAUAGAGCAGUUCUUAUUCUAUAUCUUGUGUGAAGUGGACAAGCAGGGUGCCCACCUAGUCGGAUACUUUUCAAAAGAGAAGGACUCCCCUGAAGGUAACAAUGUAGCUUGUAUACUUACCCUACCUCCAUACCAGAGACAAGGGUACGGCAAGCUGCUGAUUGCAUUUAGCUAUGAGCUCUCAAGAUUAGAGCAAGUAGUUGGUAGUCCAGAGAAGCCUUUGUCAGACCUCGGCAAGCUCAGUUACCGAUCAUACUGGUCCUAUGUGCUGUUGGAAGUGUUGAGUGCAAGUCGGGGCACAUUGAGCAUCAAAGAUCUCAGUCAAAUGACAGGAAUAUCACAAACAGACAUUAUAUCUACGCUCCAGUCUAUGAAUAUGGUGAAAUACUGGAAGGGCCAGCAUGUGAUCUGUGUUACUCCAAAAAUAGUUGCAGAGCAGCUUGCUAGCUCUCAUUUCAAGAAGCCUCGGCUGUGUGUAGACCCGUCGGCAUUGAGGUGGGUCCCUCCGAACAAGCAGGGGCAUUCGGCUAAGGCUAAAAAGUAGUACAGGCCAACAGGCAGGGCCUAGAGAAGAUUACACUGUUAGUUGCUACCAAAGGAUUCUCUAGGUACAGGCCUGUUUGACAACUUUAUUUUACAACUGCAUGAAGUGAGGACACUUGACUAGAGUAUUAGUAUUGAUAGCUUAUUAUGGAAAUAGUAAUUAUGCAGUUACAUUUACCCUGUAGCCAGAUUAUCAUGCUAAGUUGAAUAUUGCCAAUUCUUUAGUCAUUAUAGAGAAAUUAUGUGAUUGAAUUUCUGCAUAGCAUGCUAGUCUUUGAAGGCAUGUUUUGUAAACUGAAAUGAAACCCCCAAAACACUACUUAAGGUUUUCUUUCCUGGAACUUUGAGAGAUCUCAUAGUGGAAUAUACAAGCACAGCAAUGUUACUCUCUCUAUUCAUAUUUUCUCCCAUUCAAGAUGAAAUAUUUUUCAGGAUUCUAUUAUAGCAAGUUUUAAUGUAAUUUAGUGUGGCUAAAGGGUAAGUCAGAUUGCACUGCAUUUUUGAUAGCAUUGAUAUAAUCCUAGUGAGGAUUUCUGUAAUAAUUAAAUAAGUAAUUCCAUUUGUAGCCUCAAGUGCAAAAAAAAACCGGCCAAUAUGUUAGUAAAUAUUUAAUUAAAUAAUUGCAGUUAAUGUGUAAAGUGUAUUAAAACCAUGUUUCAAAGAGAGUAAAAGAUUACUUGUUUUAAGUUUCGUAGUUUAGUGUUUAGACAAUGAAACUUAUAGACAUAUAAAACUUAAAAGAAAGUAUUAAGCUUUGAAAAAAACUCUUCACUAGCUAGAGUAGCUAGCCACUAUGAUCCUUGGUGGUGUUGGACAAUUACAAUACCUAGAGUCCAUCUAAGUUUUUAUAAUCUUUUGAACUUUGCAUGUCUAUUAAUGGGGCAUUCCACAAGAAUGUCCUUUACGAAAUGCUUUUGCCUUGUAUGGCAGCUAAAUCAAUCAAAUCCGUAAAGCUUCAGAAUAUACUGCCAAUUUGUUAGCAUUCAUGAAAUAUUACCAGACCCAAUAUCAUUUUCUCAGCCUUUUCAGAACAAUUAGAAGAACGUCAUUUCGUAAGGGACAUUCUCGUGGAAUGCACCUAAUUUGGUUGUCUUUGGUGGCCCUAGCAAGUAAGGGUUAUGUAAAUAUUGUAGUUCAUGUAAGCCAUAAUUAUCGGAUAAGAUAAGGAAAAAUAGUGACAACCAAGCCCAUUACAUUAUUGUAUAACUUGGCACUAAAAGUGCAUUUUUAUAAUUUAAUAUUUUUUUGCCAGUUUAAAGAGCCACCCCACUAGCGUCUCCUGAGCGUCAGCGUCUAGUCAACUCUAUGGCUGCUGCUCGACGCAACGUUGGCGCAACUGCGCAGCGACGCCAUUUUCCAUAGCGCUGACUGGAUGCCCACGCUCGGAAGACACUAGUGUGGGGGGCUCUUAUUGAAAUCUAGAUCUGAAGCAAUGUUGCUUUUACUUCUCAUUCAGUUCCUGUACUGGUAAUAGUGAUAUUAUUCUUAAGUUGUUUAUUAAGUUAAAAAAUAGCUUAGUAUUAAGUUCAAUCAUUUGGUGAUAUGUACAAAACAUUGACCUCUUCUUAAACAGUUCACAAUUUAAAUUAGAUUGUCAUAAAUGUGAAUCCAAUUUAGUAUUUUAUUUGAUUUAUAGAAGCAUUCAACAAGAACUGUCUUAACUAUCUAUUUCUAUAGCUUCUAUAAUUCCAAAUUUUGAAUGUUUGUGUUAAUGGUCACCCUAAAACAUGGAAGACAACAAUUUUGGCUUUACGAGUGUUUAAUUUAAAAUAGUUUACAGGGCCUGACAAGGAUACAUCACUGUAUUAUUUCGUUACAUGAACGAAAAAAAAUCAUAUCAUUUGCUUAACUCCUAACAAUCUUUACCAUUUAUGGUGUAAGGAUGACCUUGGUAAUAUUAUUGUUGUUGUUUGGAAUGAACAUUAGUAACAGAACAAUUCUUGCAAAUAUCCACCUUAAUGACUGAGCAAAAAUAUACUAAUUUUAAUAACAUUCAGUCAGUUUUUGUUCGUCUCUAAUCACUUCAGCUAUUCAUAACAUGUUAUGUUAGUAUAACCAAGUAUAACACAUUUGAGCUUUAUAGGGUGAAUGACUUGUUACGUCAGACCUUUAAAAUAUCUUGUCUGACGUGAGAUACCGAGUAAUUGCGUCAUCCUAAUAGCUGGCUCAAAACAUGUUUAAAAAUGGCGCCUACCUGCCCUAGAAAAAGUUACGCGAAAAUUCCGCUAGAUGGCAGCUUUCAAGCUUGAUUAAUAAUGUUCUGAAUAUGUUUACAGGAAUAAUAAAAUUAAUGUUGUAGAACAUUGCUAUAACAUUAAUUUAAUGUCUACGUAUCGUACCAGUUAAAGUUAGAGGUUUUAAAAAAACUCAAUAGAAAAAUAGAAAUUCAAUAUUUACUUACAUCAUUUUUGUUUUACCGUGUAGUUAAUGUAAUAUGUAAAGCUAAAUAGAAGAUCAUUCUGUUUUUAAAUUACCCAGUGUUCUAUACUUGAGCCUAGUUUUGAACAAUUUGACUACCUUUAGGUUCUAAGUUACUUUAAUUGCCUUGUAGCUGUAGCUUUUAAUUUUAAUUGUAAGCAAUGCGUAGUCUUCAGUUUUCAAUUUGGACAUCAAGUUGCUAAAAUUUUAAAGAUCUUCCCAUUGCAUAUUUGAUUAGAUUCUGUGAAUCGUCAGUUAUUACAGUUUUUGUGAUAAUUCUUUAUUGUAAGAAAAUGUGUCGAAAGUUGGUGAUUAAAAAAAGAAAUCAAAUAA